CUCUAGCCUAGCAGACGACACCGACACCAAGCCCUGCCACCGGCCGGUCAUUAGUAAAUAAACAUUGUGCGUGCACUUGGUUUUGGAUGGCUCGCAGUGUUCAAAAAACCUCCGAAAUCAAACUUGUCGAAUAUAAAGUGGGACACGAUGAAUUAAACAUGUGAACAAGGAUCUCGGUCUUGCGAUUCAUUCAUGAAACAGUACCAACAGCAGUGCCCUGUGUCUCCAGCCUGACUUUUACAAAUUAGCCUGUAUCAAAACGAAUAAAAGUCUGAAAUGAAUUUCGCUGCGACUGCUUCUUUGCCUGCUAUUGAGGUCGCAGCUUAUAGUGUGAUCUGGAUCGGUGGAGUCUUCUACUCCGCUUAUCAUGUGUAUGCUGUCAGUGAUAUUUUUGGCAGGCAGAUGGGUGUGGAAGAGUUGACACCUGGAUGGAGUUUCGUGGGACGCAAGAAGGACAUUUCUGAUUAUGAGUGGCGUAUGUGGUUGCCAUUUUUAUGGGAACUGGCGCCAUGGUUUCUCCUACAUAUUACAAUUGCAGAAAUUCUGCGAUGGUACAAAAGUAAAGAGCUCCUACGCUUGUGGUAUGUAAUGAUAACAUCCCUUUUCAUGGUUCAUUAUUGUGGCUGGAUCUCCUGGGCCGCUGUGAUCUCUGCACCUAUCAUUCUCUUCAGUAUCUCAAGAAAGAAUCGUCCUCUGCUAUGUUGGACAACAAGUAUUAUUUUGCUACUAUGUCUCAGCACCUUCCACAUCUCUGCUCUGUCUGAAGAACAACAAAUGGCUUUGUAUGUUUGUUUUGCUUGGGUACAGUUACGAUGUAUGAGCUUCUGUCUAGAUUGGAUAAACUCUAAGCCAUGGAGUAAUGCACCUCUCAGUCAAGAUGACCACAGCCCACAAUGGCUACGUUUACUCUCAUACACUUGCUAUCUUCCUCUCAUGUUCCUUGGGCCUUUUGUGCCAUACCUAGAUUUUGAAAAUGGGAUAAAUGCAGAUACUACAUCAUGUCAAAGCCUAAAAAGAAGGAUUCUCAAGCUGGUUUUGAACUCAAGUCGAUUUCUUGGUUGGAUGGCCAUUACUGAAUAUUGUCUUCAUUUCAUUUAUUGCAAUGCUAUCCAACUACAUCACGAAGCACUUCCAUAUCUAGAUGCAUGGACCCUCCAUGGUCUGGCUUACUGUAUCGGGCAAUUUUUUUUGAACAAGUAUGUUGUUAUAUAUGGCCUGAUGGGAACUUUAUCUCAGUUUGACUCUGUAUCUCCUCCACCUGUACCUCGUUGUAUCGCCCAUAUUGCUAAGUAUUCAGAUAUGUGGCGUCAUUUUGAUCGAGGUUUCUACAACUUUUUGAGGAGUUAUAUUUAUGAUCCUCUGGUAGAAGGGUUCCCCAAAAAACAGCAUCAUUUACUUCUUUCAACAAUCUGUUUUGCAUUUGUUUACGUUUGGCAUGGUUUAUCAAUGAAUAUUUUAAUUUGGUCUAUCUGCAAUUUUUUGGGGAUAGUGCUGGAAUCUGUUGCUCAUGAGGUGAUCAAAUCGAAAUCUUAUCAACACUUUGAGAGUAAACUGUCAAUGCAAAAUAUUCGCCGUUGGAGAGCCUUCAUGACAGGUCCACUAUUCAUCAUGUCUGCUCUGACAAUGUUCUUUUUCCUUGGCAGUAUGGAAGUAGGAGUUGUCUUUGUUAGUCAAAUCAUCCAUGGUAAGUCAACUAUUGGACACAGUGUGAACUUUAUCAAAGCAAGAAUAAUAGGGAUCAUUUAACACUUAUAUUUCAGGUUCUCUCACCAGGAAUUUGGUACUCCUCUGUUUUGCAUAUUGUAUGUGCCAAGUGUCUUUAGAAAUAAAGUUAUUCAAAGAGCGAAGAAAAGAUA